UCUGCAACUGAGCAGCGCUGUCGUUGCACGAACCCUCGUCUGAUCUUGCAGUUUUCCAGAUCCUCUCGUGAUGUUGUUUCAAAAGUCCUCGGCAGCAGGCUGUCAGCCCAGACAAGCCAAGCGCGCGGCAUGAGACGUUUCGCAUCCACGUCCCGCGUUUGAGGCUAGCAGCGCGAACGUCAGUCUUCAGGAUGCCCUCGCCUUCGUGACAGCGUUUCUUCUCCUAUCCGUUCUUUGCCUCACGAGGCUGUACUUUUUGUUCUAUUCUCUUUGCUUUCGCUGCACCUGGUGUGCUUUUGUUUGUCUUAUUCUGCGAACUUUACCAUAAUGCCGCAAGAGUACCGAGCAGUGCCGGUGGAAGAGGCGUCUCAGUUGAGUGGCGACGAUGCGAGUGUGAACGAGAAAUUUGAGUGGAGGACAGAGAAGAAGACGCUCUCGCAGCGGAUACGGAAUGCUUCGACGUCGCAUUUAGUGUGGAUAGUACAGGCGGUUAUGCUAUCGGCAUCGAUCACGUUCUUCGCCCUGGGAGUAUGCAUGCGAACAGCAAAGCAGGCAGACGCUAUCCCUAUGACGUUCUCGCCGGUCAACGAAGCGGUUGAAUACAAGAUCCAUCACUUCGACCUGAAGCCUAUUCCAGAUGGUCCAUUCGUCGGCAAGGGACCGCAGGUAGAUGCGAUGUGGGAGUGGGCAACAGAUGGAGUCCCGGACACCAUGGUCACCCGCGAAGAGAUGAUCAAGAUGAACAUGGACCCCGAGGGCGCCCUCAUGGUAACCGACCCGGCAACCGGCAAACGUGGGUACCGGGUCGCUAUCGAAGUUUUCCAUCAACUGCACUGCUUGAAUCUGCUCCGACAAGCAAACUGGAAGGCUCACUACGCAAAGCUGGGCGGCGACACAUCUGCGGAGCCCGAGGACUUGCACGGCCAUCUCGAUCACUGUAUCGAUGCGCUUCGACAAUUCGUCAUGUGCCAGUCAGACGUGAACGUGUUUCCCUUCCGCUUUCCGUUUAACGACGGCGACCCGUGGCCGGACUACAGCUCGCCCAGGAUGUGCCGCAACUAUGAGAAGGUGCGGCAGUGGGCCGUUGACCAUGGAGUUGCGCAAGGUGUCGAUGAGCCAGAGCAUUAGACAUUCCACGCGCAUGAGAGUAUCGUCACUUGCACUGUACAUAUGAAAAGCUUAGACAAAUGAACGCUGGUCUACUUGCG